UGCGGAGCUGGCAGCGGGCCGGGGCGGCGGCGGGGCCGUGCUGCCAGCCUGGGGGGCCAUGAGGACCGAGGUGUGCACGGCGGCGGCGUUCAUCACCCGCCUGCUGCGGGCCGCGGGCGGUGUCGGCGAGGAGCAGCUGCGGUGCUUCCGGGAGUGCCUGCAGGAGGCGCUGCUCGAGCACUAUAAACAUCAUUGGUUCCCCCUGGUGCCCUCCAAGGGCUCCGGGUACCGGUGCAUUAGGAUCAACCAUAAGAUGGACCCCUUGAUAGGAAAGGCAGCGGGGAUGAUUGGACUAAGCCACGAGAAACUCUUCCAGCUUUUACCCAGUGAACUGACUCUUUGGGUCGACCCUUUUGAGGUGUCCUAUCGCAUUGGUGAGGAUGGGUCUAUUUGUGUCCUUUACGAAAGUCCCCAGCCUGGUGGGAAGGCGACCAAACCGCUGGAGAAUAGGACCAGCUGUAAGGAGGAGUGGAGAAUUGGCAGAUCCAGCCCUUCCAAGAAUUACAUGAUGACAGUAUCUAGUUAAAAAUGACUGUUCCUUGUACAAUUAUGUAUGUAUCCCAAUCUCGUGUUAAACUUGGAUGUAACUGAGCUUGGUUUUGUUUUGUUGUUGUUGUUUUCUGUGGGUACUUUUUGUUUUGGUGGGUUGAGCUUUUUUGUUUUUGUCUUUUGGGGGUGAGGGUUGGGGGGUGUUAAUUUGGGGUUUUUUUUGGUUUUUCCUCAAUUCUUUCACCCUAUAGUCAUUGAAGCUGUAGUACUGCCAAGUUCUUCAUGGCCAAGGGCUAAUGUAUAAAGCAGUUCUUUUCACUGCAUGUUACUUUCUCGACUGUGUACUGUAAAUGCACUGUACAGUUGAUUGUUUUACACAUUUAUAUUUUCAAACAAGUUUUGGCUAUUUGUAAUAAAAAGCAAUAUUGUAGCAUUCUUUAUGAUGAAUUUUAGUCUAGGUUAGCACUUGUUAAAACAUUCCUGAACUGUUUGACCAAUAACACAAAAGAGGGAUGGGAAGCACAUCUCACAAGCUGCACGUAAAUCUCAUCUGUGAUCUGUCUGAAGACUUCUCUCAGGGUCAUUCAAGUUUGGCUGCAAGGCGAAAGUCACGAAAUAACUCUUAUUUUUCCCUUUUCCAAAGCAUGCAUUUAUUUGAGGGCUGGAUUCUGUCAUGUCCUGACAUCUUGACAAAAAAAAUUGGGGAAUUAGUUUGUCUCAGUAUUUCUAGUUAUUGGAGUAGAACAAUAAAGACUUGCCCAAACUGC